CCGAAAAAAAGAGAAAAUACGCCGUCAGGCCAAGAGGUGUGCAGGGCCCUGUCCCCUCCUCCGAUUGGCUAGGGUUGUCCUGUUCGCUGUCUGUGAUUGGCUGCUCCCACAAAGAUGCCGCCGGCGAGCUCAUUGGCUCCGGCCCUGUGGGCGGGGCCUCGGAAUCCUGCAGGAGAAACCAAGGAGCUGGGGGCUGCUGGGGCCUUGGUCUCCGCGCCGGCGCCUUCAGUGGCUCCGCCUAGUUUUAUUCAUGUUCUGAGGAGGGUGUGACAGGAGCCAUGGAUCCCGCAGCAUUGGUGGAAGCUGUUGUAGAAGAAGUGGCCUGUCCCAUCUGCAUGACCUUCCUGAAAGAGCCCGUGAGCAUCGACUGUGGCCACAGCUUCUGCCACAACUGUCUCUCUGGACUCUGGGAGGUCCCAGGAGAAUCCCAGAACUGGGGUUACUCGUGUCCCCUCUGCCGGGCUCCCGUCCAGCCAAGGAACCUGCGGCCUAAUUGGCAGCUGGCCAAUGUUGUAGAAAAAGUCCGACGGCUAGGGCUGCAUCCAGGAAUGGGGCUGAAGGGCGACGUGUGCGAGGUCCACGAGGAACAGCUAAAGAUGUUCUGCAAAGAGGAUGGCCUGAUCGUGUGCGAGGCCUGUGGCCGGUCCCCCGAGCACGAGGCCCACAGUGUCGUGCCCAUGGAGGAUGUCGCCUGGGAUUAUAAGUGGAAACUCCAUGAGGCUCUGGAACAUCUGAGGAAAGAGCAAGAAGAGGCCUGGAAGCUGGAAGUUGGUGAGAGGAAACGAACUGCCAACUGGAAGAUACAGGUGGAAACCCGAAAGCAGAGCAUCAUAUGGGAGUUUGAGAAAUACCGGCGAUUACUAAAGAAAACACAGCCACCAGGUCGGCGGCUGGAAGUAGAGGCCGCCGCCGCUCUGGCCAGCCUGGAGCAGGAGGAAGGGGAGACCACGCAGAAACUGGGGGUGAGUCACAAUGCACUCAUCCAGCAGAGCCGGGUCCUGUGGAGGAUGAUCGCAGAGCUGGAAGAAAGGUCUCAGAGGCCUGUCCGCUGGAUGCUGCAGGGUAUUCAGGAAGUCUUAAACAGGAGCAAGUCUUGGAGCCUGCAGAGACCAGAACCAGUCUCGCUGGAGCUGAAGACGGACUGCCGUGUGCUGGGGCUCAGAGAGAUCCUGAAGACGUAUGCAGCGGAUGUGCGGCUGGAUCCAGACACUGCGUAUUCUCGCCUCAUCGUGUCUGAGGACAGAAAAUGCGUGCGCUAUGGAGACACCAAGCAGAAGCUGCCCGACAAUCCUGAGAGAUUUUACCGCUACAAUAUCGUCCUGGGCAGUCAGUGCAUCUCCUCGGGUCGGCACUACUGGGAGGUGGAGGUGGGAGACAGGUCUGAAUGGGGCCUGGGAGUGUGUAAGGAAAAUGUAGACCGGAAGGAGGUGGUCUAUUUAUCCCCCCACUACGGAUUCUGGGUGAUAAGGCUGAGGAAGGGCAAUGAGUACCGGGCAGGCACCGACGAAUACCCGCUCCUGUCCUUGCCCGUCCCUCCCCGCCGGGUGGGAGUCUUCCUGGAUUACGAGGCCCAUGAUAUCUCCUUCUACAACGUGACUGACAGCGGCUCCCACAUUUUCACUUUCCCCCACUAUCCCUUCCCUGGGCGCCUCCUGCCCUAUUUCAGUCCUUGUUACAGCAUCGGAGCCAACAACACCGCUCCCCUGGCCAUCUGCUCCCUGGACGGGGAGGAAUAAGAGAGCCACCAUCUUAGCCAGAGGCCUUGGAAUUUCGCCUGGCCCGCAGGGGUCUUGGAGGACCCUGCCCCUGACGAGGGUCCCCUUGAACUGAGCUGAGCCUGGAAGCCAGGGAUUCCUCUGCCUGACCCAGUGGUCUGUCACUACUGGGCCAAAGUCUCCCACUAAACCAGUCAUGUUAAAAAGCUGAGACUCGGCAAAAGGAGCAUUGCACCCCCGCGGGAAGUAUGACAAGGCUUUUGGCGAGGAUCACGGUGGUCCUAAGGAUCAGGAUAGUCCUUUCUGCAGGUCACGCCCCUCUUCCCCAUCCCCGUCAGUGCCAUAAUUCAGUGAGGAUGAUGAAUUAGAUCCGAUCUUCAGGAAACCCAUGGGGUCAGGUUCACCAACAAGCCAGAAGAAUACUGUCCGUGUCCAGAGCUGGUUGCUGAUACCAGCAGGAGGAUGCUUCAGCUGAGGUUUACAGCCUCUGAGCACCCGCAUUUCACCCCAGCUCUCUGACCUCCCAACUGGAGAAAUGCACCGCCAAUUGCCCAGACCACCCCAGUGGCCGUCCCCUCUCUGAGCACAAGCUGGGCAAGUCACUAAUCUCAGACUCUUAAGGAGACCUGUGUCCGGGUCCUGCCCUUUUCUCUAAAUGUCAGAAUCAGAAAACCUGUGAGCCUUGUUUUGAUUUUCACUUCAUGGAUGAAGAAACUGAAAUGGCCUUAGUGCAGCCAGUUAUUUCUCACAAAGCUGAUGGAAAGAAGAGUGUAUAGAUUAUAAAGUAUUUCUCACAUUCAAAUGAAACCAAACUGACAAACUCACUUCUCAGGUCACAUGUCUGCAUAUCAUUCAUUACAUUCAGGUCUGAAACACCCCAAUGUUUGCAAGAAUUUAAGUGUCCUCAAUGGGAAAAUGGGUAUAGUAACUGCAUACUCUCCUACCUCGCAGGAUUGUUGUGAAGAUCUCAGAUCCAUCCCGUACUUUUGUUCCUUUCUCAGGGACAGGGAAGGCAAGCCAUGGAUUUUGCCUGUGGUGGCAACCUUCCCAUCUCACCUUUUUACAGCAUCUUUGCAGCACUGCCUUAGUUUCUUAGGGCCUCUCCUGACAGUCCUGUCCUUUUAGACCAAAAGAUACCCAUGCCCUGGCAAACUCCGGGCCACAGUAAUAUAUUGAGCGUCUAUUAUAUGUGUUUGUCUUUGGGUUAGAACAGGGACUGUGACAUUAGGAUAGAGAAUGGAAAUAAUACAAAGAAAAAUGUAAAACAAAUGCACUGAAAGGAAGGCUCACCCACAAGCUCGUUGGGCUAAAGUUUGGAUCUUUGUCACCAAGGGAAUCUUCAUGGUUCUGGUAAAUAUUCUGCCUUUCUCUUCCCUAAAUCUGUGACAGAAGGAGUAAAGCAGAAGGGAAGUGUGGGGAGGAAGAAUAGGCCUAGGCACAAAAAGCCAUAUAUGAUAAUGAAAGGGAAUUAAGACUGUAUAUCUGGGCUAUUGGCCCUUUAGAGUGAUGGUUGUGUGUGGCGAAAAUAAUCAUUACAGGUCUUAAAAGUGUGAUUUGGGAAUGAUUGUGCUGGAAACAAACUAAAGCAAGCAUAUGAGAACUAUGGGUUUUGCCUGUUGUGAGGGGCUACAAUAUAUACAUUAUGUAUUGUCACCGUGAUGCUGUGUAACACAACCUCUGAUGUAGUUUAAGCUUGAAAGUAGUGACUGUUGAGUUAGGAUUGGGCAGCAAAGUAGAUACUAGGUUAGGUACAGGCAGAACCAAAAUCAUUCCUGUAAUAAAGAAUAGCAAAAAUUGUUUUUCUA